UUGAAAAAAUGUGGGUCCAUUGACCAGAACAACAUAAAGAAUGGAAAAUUUCGAUUGAUGAGUAAAUAAAUCACUUUUUUGUGGAGAGCAAUCAGUUAUCGUCAAAACGUUGUCUUGGCCAGCGCGUGCAUUUGCGCUGUGAUUGACGAAGUGAAUGAAACACCAUUCGGGCAUACCUCUCCACAUUUUCAAAAAUGAAGUCUUACAGUACGUUUGAUACACAAAAUGACAACGAGCCAAAAAGUGGAAAAUCUACGGAUAUUGAAUCGUCGAGCUCGGUGGAAUCGAUUACGGAAAUUGGGCGCAAAGGAAUUGGAACGCUGACUGCCGCCCUGUUUAUCACUGGUGAAAUGGGAGGAAGUGGUAUUUUGGCACUUCCAAAAGCCAUUGUCGAUUCCGGAGGUUGGAUAGGAGUAGUGCUGCUCAUAGUAUUCUGCCUCAACGCGUGUUACGGAGGAAUAUGCCUAGGCCACUGUUGGACCAUACUCGAGGAAAGAUACUCGGAGUGUCGCAACAGUACACGAAACCCCUACAGCACAAUCGCGUCCAAAGCAGUUGGAAGAUGGGGAAGCGUUGUAGUCUCGUGCAGUAUUCAAAUUACUUUAUUUGGAGCCGGAACCGUCUACCUACUCCUAUCGUCGCAAGUAUUGCAAAAGCUUCUAAAGUAUUUAUUACCUGAUCUCAGUUUCUGUUUUUGGUUUUUAAUUAUUGCCAUAAUGCUUACGCCGGCAAUGUGGUUGGGAUCGCCCAAGGAUUUUAGUUUAGCUGGUAUUAUUGCAACAAGCACUACAGUUUUGGCGUGCAUUUUUAUAUUUGCGCAAUCUAUAAUAGACGGAAAGCAUGGAACGAGCCGAGUUCCGCAUAAAAUACACAGCUUUCAUGAUUUUUUUCUCGCAUUUGGCAUUUUGCUUUUUUCCUAUGGAGGCGCGUCAACCUUUCCAACUAUUCAAAAUGACAUGAAGGAUAAGAAGAAGUUCACGACAAGCGUGUGCAUUGCUUUUACCGUAAUUAUGGCAUUGUACUUACCGGUAACGAUUGGUGGAUAUAUGGUAUAUGGGGAGCACGUGAACACUAAUGUGAUACUGUCCCUGUCGAGAUCACCUUUAUCAUUCUUCGCCGAAAUAUUCAUGGGCAUUCAUUUGGUAGCCGCUUUCUUAAUCAUCAUUAACCCAGUAUGCCAGGAAUUGGAAGAAAUCUUUGAUGUCCCUCAUAAUUUUCAUUGGAAAAGAUGUGUUUUGCGUACAGUUAUGAUACUCAUUAUGACUGUUAUAGGCGAAUUCAUACCAGAUUUUGGCAAGAUUGUAUCAUUAGUAGGAGGAUCUACUAUUACUCUUUUAACGUUUGUACUACCGCCGUAUUUUUACAUGAGACUUUGCAGUCAGAAAAGCAAUGACUGGCCUGAAAGGCAUAUACCAUUCUACAUUAGAAUAUAUCUCUGGGAGCUGAUCCUUGUUGGAAUAAUUGGAGGAUUAGCUUCAACGUAUAGUGCAAUUGGGGCAAUUUUUGGUUCGCAUAUGACCAAGCCUUGUCUUUGGAUUAAAUAUUAGAAAAUUA